GGGGCGUGGCCUGUAUCAGCAGAUGUACAAACAGGUCGGUUCGGCCAGAACUUCUGCAGCGAACUCCGAAGUUCUGCAACAGAAACAGCCUGGUUGGCGCGCCUGCUCAGUGAUUGGCUCCAGCAGACAGGUGAGAUGUCGUCGGUGAAGGUAGAGUCCGUGGUGAAGGAGCACGCUCAGAUCGGCGAGGGGCCGGUGUGGGAGGAGUCAGAGCAGACGCUGCUGUUCGUCGACAUCGCCGGGCAGAAAAUCCACCGCUGGAACUCGGCGACCAAUCAGAUCCAGUCUCUGCAGACAGCUGACACGGUGGGGUUCGCAGUCCCUCGCCGGUCCGGCGGUUACGUCGCAGGCGUGGGCUGCAGCAUCGUGGCUGUUGAUUGGUCGACUCAGAAGGUGACAUCACUGGCCAGCGUCGAAGACGACAAGCCAGAGAACCGCCUGAAUGACGGGAAGGCCGAUCCGAUGGGACGGCUGCUGGCAGGUACGAUGAGGAGGGACGCUCAGACGGCUCAGGUGAAACCAGGAUCUUUGUACCUGAUGAAGUCUGACCUGUCCGUCACCAAGCUGCUGGGCCAGGUGGACAUCUCUAACGGGAUGGACUGGACUACAGACCUGAAGACGCUCUUCUACAUCGACAGCCUGGCUAUGAGCGUCGACGCCUUCGACUACGACUCGGCCUCUGGAAAGCUGGGUAACCGUCGGGUGGUGUACCGGUUGGCGGAGGGGGAGGGCGUUCCCGACGGGAUGACACUCGACGCCAUCGGCCGCCUCUGGGUGGCGUGCUACGACGGAGGACGAGUCCUCAACAUCGACCCUGCGACUGGUAAACGCCUACAGACGGUGUCUCUGCCCGCCACAAAGACCACUUCCUGCUGCUUCGGCGGCCCAGACUACUCUGACCUCUAUGUGACCUCAGCCAGCCUGGGUCUGGACCAAUCAGAGCUCCAGAAACAGCCGCAGGCCGGGAACACCUUCAGGGUGACGGGACUCGGGGUCAAAGGUCGACCAUCAAACGCAUUCAGCGGGUGACCUGCAGGAGUCGUCUGAUCGUCAAUAAAGCUGCUGAUUAAUGAUCAAACUGGAUCAAUAAAUGAUUUUACACUAAUCACCUGUACUCUGUAAUAAAGGCAGAGCUGAGCACAAUGCAUGCUGGGAGUUGUAGUCUCUGACGGCGUCGUGAUGCAGAAGGGUUUGUUUUAUUUCCACACCUAGUGCAAAAUGACAGCAACAACAACACAGACAGACAGAGAAGCUACAGAACCUUCUAGAAAAUGUCUGUACAGGUAGAAAACUUUGUGCUCUCAACUUUUGGAAAGUUUGGACUGAAAAUAACUAAAAACGGGCCGGAGGUGGGGGACAGUGAGAGCACCACUAGUGCUGAUGCUGCAGGAACAGAACAGGUUCUGCUCUGACGACCCCGGUCCAGUUGGUGAUUCUUAAGUGUUUACAUGGAUUAUACAGCAGCGGGUGCAAACAUGCAGCAAACGACCAAACGAGCUGCAAACGUGAAGAAUUCAAACUGCAAAAAACAAAAACACCAUGCAAACAAAAUCAAGAGAAGAAGAAAAACCUAAAAUCAAUAAAACUGCAAAAAAGGAACAAGGGGGAAAAAUACCACAAAAUAUUAACAGCGAGUAUAAAACUACAACAGCGUAUUGGGACCAUUGUAGUAAAUUUAUACCAAAAAA